AUGGCGCCAAGUCUGGCUGUGAGCCUAAUCCAAGCAGACGUUCUGCCGAACUUCCCUCCUGAGAUCUGUUCGCUGGUUGAGGGAUACCUCGACCAGUCGGACCUCCUUUCACUUCGGCAGAUGAAUCGCCGUCUCCGCCAUUACCUUCAGGAGAAGUGGCUAGAGGCGUUCUUCAGGAAGUGGACUCACGUGUUCUCCUAUCACGGUCUCUCAACGCUCUUGCAGAUUGUGGCCCGGCCGGAGAUGGCUAAGCGAUUAAAGAGUAUCGAAUUUCGAGUUCUAGAUUUUCCGGAACCCGGAAAGGACCCACGCAGAGACACAGAGGCGGAGACAGCUCGUAUGGCUAUGAAUGCGGCGUGGGAGAUGCAGGAACUUCGUCUUAGACGUGGAGGUUGCGGCGCCAGGAAACUGAAAAAGAUCUUCACUGCCCUAGUGAGACAUGGUGUGGUCAUUCCGGUCACCAUCGACGAUGAUUGCCUGGAGGCAAACGAGAGAAUCCUGCGAACGGCCUUCGGUCGCAAGGUAUUGACGACCAUGGGAGGGGACCCAGAACGAUAUCUACUUUGGCGCGAGCACGAUCGUGGCAGCUGUGACGAAGUCGGCUGUGCCGUCAUGACCGCCAUCGCUGCUACCCAGUAUCCGGUCGAAAAUCUCCGCUUCCCCUGUCGGUUAUCCAACGUAGGUAUAGGACGUCUGACCUUGGGGCUCGAGUCCUCGAUCUCAAAGGCCUGCAGCACAGCGUUGUCAAAUCUGUCCAGCCUUGACUUGACCCUGGACCCACACAUGUUUUUCGAUGAGCGGAAUGACUGGACUGGAAAUGUCUUCCAUCUUCGCAGCCUGCCCGCGCUGCAACAUCUUCGCCUCUCUCUUGCGCAUCCUGCCUGUGCUGACGCAUCGCCGCGUGGCCUGACGAGAAUGAUGAAUUGCUUUCCCAUGAAGCAGAUCCGCACGCUCGUGUUAGGCAAUACAUACGGAGAGCCGAAGGAUUACAUCAGCAUGCUGGCUAAGGCUAAGCACAGCCUUCGCAAGCUGAGACUCGUCGCGUUUGAUGUCCUGUUUGGCGGCUGUUGGUCGACCAUUUUCAGAUGGUUAGGCCAGAACCUGGAAUUGGCAGAUUUAUGGCUAGAAGAUGUGGGCCACCCGAUGCUUGGCCUGUACGUAUGUAGGGGAGCAGCUGAGGCGAAUGCUCACGAGUGUAAUCAUUUCAUUGGGGCUGCAGUCGUACGCGACGGUCUACGCAGCUUGGUCGAUCGACCGGGUUACGCAUUUCCGUCAAAACCAGAAGCGUAG